UAUUGAUGGAAGAACACGGGGUGACCCAAACAGAGCACAUGGCCACCAUCGAGGCCCACGCAGUGGCCCAGCAGGUGCAGCAGGUCCAUGUGGCCACCUACACAGAGCACAGCAUGCUGAGCGCGGACGAAGACUCGCCGUCUUCGCCGGAGGACACCUCCUACGAUGACUCUGACAUCCUCAACUCCACGGCUGCCGACGAGGUCACCGCCCACCUGGCUGCGGCAGGCCCUGUGGGGAUGGCAGCAGCUGCUGCCGUGGCAACGGGUAAAAAACGAAAGCGACCACAUGUUUUUGAAUCCAACCCAUCAAUCCGCAAGAGGCAGCAGACGCGUUUGCUACGGAAGCUCCGAGCCACGCUGGAUGAGUACACCACCAGAGUAGGGCAGCAGGCCAUCGUUCUGUGCAUCUCGCCCUCCAAACCCAAUCCCGUCUUUAAAGUAUUCGGUGCUGCACCCUUGGAGAAUGUGGUACGCAAGUACAAGAGCAUGAUUCUGGAAGACCUGGAGUCUGCACUAGCGGAGCACGCUCCUGCACCUCAGGAGGUUAACUCUGAGUUGCCGCCCCUCACCAUCGAUGGCAUUCCCGUCUCGGUGGACAAGAUGACCCAGGCACAGCUGCGAGCUUUCAUCCCUGAGAUGCUGAAGUAUUCCACGGGUCGUGGGAAACCAGGCUGGGGUAAGGAAAGCUGCAAGCCCAUCUGGUGGCCUGAGGACAUUCCAUGGGCCAACGUUCGCAGCGAUGUCCGCACAGAGGAACAGAAGCAGCGGGUGUCGUGGACCCAAGCGUUGCGGACUAUCGUGAAGAACUGCUACAAGCAGCAUGGGCGUGAAGACCUGCUCUACGCGUUUGAGGAUCAGCAGACACAGCAGCAGACUACGACCACACAUAGUAUAGCGCACCUGGUGCCGUCGCAGACAGUGGUACAAACCUUCAGUAACCCUGAUGGCACCGUGUCCCUCAUCCAGGUUGGCACUGGUGCUACAGUUGCCACGCUGGCCGAUGCCUCAGAGUUGCCUACCACAGUUACCGUCGCACAAGUCAAUUAUUCUGCAGUGACUGAUGGAGAGGUGGAGCAGAACUGGGCAACGCUACAGGGGGGUGAGAUGACUAUCCAGACGACGCAGGCAUCAGAGGCCACACAGGCGGUGGCAUCAUUAGCAGAAGCAGCAGUGGCAGCAUCUCAGGAGAUGCAACAAGGAGCAACUGUUACCAUGGCACUCAACAGUGAAGCAGCUGCCCAUGCAGUAGCCACGCUUGCUGAAGCCACUCUUCAAGGUGGAGGACAAAUUGUCCUAUCUGGUGAAACUGCAGCAGCAGUAGGAGCGCUUACCGGAGUCCAAGAUGCCAAUGGUCUCGUCCAGAUCCCCGUCAGCAUGUACCAGACCGUGGUGACCAGCCUGGCCCAAGGCAACGGCCCCGUUCAGGUGGCGAUGGCACCCGUUACCACGAGGAUAGCGGACAGUGCCGUCACCAUGGAUGGGCAGGCAGUGGAAGUGGUGACCUUGGAACAGUGACGAUGCCCAGAGCAGGAUCAUGGUGGUUUUCCUCGUCUCUUAUGCGAAUAAUUUUUUUACGCCUCUCCAGAGAUGCAAUCAGGUGGCAUUGAGUCUCCC